CUCGCGGAGAGCUCCGCCAAAUCCGGUCUUCUUUUUUCCUUGCCUAUCGGAUUUCACAAACAUUCAGUUUGUCACUUGACGAUGUGUUGGAGGCAUUACUACUAGGAAGUGUUAUUCAUAUUUUUUAUUCGUUUCUUUUUGGUGACUAAACGAAAUAUUCCGAACGUUUUCCUGAUUUCAGGCGGCGGAAACGAAGAAGACCAUGAAUAAUCAACAGGCUGCCAUUGCAUCCGCCAGAAGUCGAAUGGCGGCUGGCGGACAACCUCAAGGCGCUACACCGGGACAACCCGAUCAGAACUUUGACUACAUGUUCAAGCUCCUGAUAAUCGGAAAUUCAUCAGUUGGAAAAACAUCAUUCCUCUUCCGUUACUGUGAUGAUUCAUUCACUUCUGCCUUCGUCUCUACUGUCGGAAUCGAUUUCAAAGUGAAAACUGUGUUCCGUGGAGACAAACGAGUCAAACUUCAAAUCUGGGAUACCGCCGGACAGGAGAGGUACCGUACCAUCACCACCGCCUACUAUCGUGGAGCAAUGGGAUUCAUUCUGAUGUAUGACAUCACUAAUGAAGAGUCUUUUAAUAGUGUUCAGGAUUGGUGCACUCAAAUCAAGACAUACUCAUGGGAAAAUGCUCAAGUUGUUUUGGUUGGAAAUAAAUGUGAUAUGGACUCUGAAAGAGUUGUAUCUAUGGAUAGGGGACGCCAACUUGCUGAUCAACUUGGUUUGGAAUUCUUCGAAACAUCAGCCAAGGAGAACAUUAAUGUAAAGGCAGUUUUUGAGAAGUUGGUGGAGAUUAUUUGUGAUAAGAUGGCAGAGAGUUUGGAUAAGGACCCACAGCAACAGCCAAAAGGACAGAAGCUCGAAGCGAAUCCGACCCAAAAGCCUGCUCAACAGCAAUGCAAUUGCUAAAAAUUCUACGUUCUAUUAUACUAUCUAUAAAAACUCAAAAUUUUCCCAAAUUCCAAACGCAAUAAUAUUAAUUUUCUAAAAGCGCGUAGCUCUCAGUUUUCCCUCUCUCAACAUCUAGGCACCAGAUAUAUGGAUCGUAAAUUAACUUAUAAAUCGAAUUUCUAUGAUUUUUUGGAAAGUAAGUUUUUUUUUAAAUUUAACUUAUUUUAUUUUAGGGCGUAGUUGGUUUAAUUAUCUUUUCAAAUCCUUUUCACUGUCACUUAUUAAGUUUUCAUUCAGCGCUAUUUUUAUUAAUAUUUUAACUUAUUCCAACGUUCAAUCAUAUUCCCCAUUUGUAAAAAAUCAACAAUUUCUCUCAACACUUCCAAACAAUUCCCAGAGCUGUGUUUUCUAACUAAUCAUAGUCGCCUAUUAUUAUUAUUAUUUUAUUUAUUGUAUUUCUCUAUUUCCUUAUUUCCUAGUGACUUCCCAGUUCCCAAUGAUUACACCCACCCGCUGAAAGAUUGAUUUUGGAGGAAAUUAUUUUCGAGGCAUAAUAAAUUAUUUAUUACAAAGA